AUGAGAUACACAAUCCUCACAACCUCCCUCCUCGCCCUCACCGCCUCGGCAAUCCCUCAGACCAUCGACGUCGGCAACAUCGCGUCGGAUGUCGUCAGCGCCGUGACCGGCGCCGGCGGCGACGCCGGCUCAGCCAUCGAGUCCAUCGCUACCUCCCUCGCAAGCGGCGCUGCUUCCAUCACCGACGUCGGCUCCUUCGUUACCUCUGUCGCUAGCGACGCCGGCAGCGCGUUGAGCCAAGCCACCCAAGGCGCCGGCAGCAUCACACAAGAUAUUGGAUCGGGAUUCUCGAGCGUCACUGGCGAUGCUGGAUCGGCAAUCUCGAGCGCCACUGAGGCAGUGGGUUCAAGAGUGAGCAGCGCAGUCAGCUCGGCAAGUGCAGAGGCCACUUCGGCUACUGGAAACGGUGCUGUAGCGGCAAUGGCGACUGGUGUGCCGGCUGUUCUGUUGGCUGCGGGUAUGGGCGCUGUUGCUUUGUUGUAA